CCUGUCAAAUGGCGCAGCACUGUCAGUCUUCACUAGGACUGCUCUGGGUGGUGAUUUAAGGAAGCUAGCCAACUUCACUCAGCCCACAAUGAAAGCCUGGAUAGAUGGAAUUGUAGAUAUAGAGCCCACCUCCAUGGAAACCAGAAUUCCCUUCCAGAUAAUUUUCCAGGCCUCUCUCAAUUCAGCAAAUGCAACCAUUGCUGUAGAUGAUAUUAGUGUGGCACCACAGUGUUCUUCUACGAAUGUAUCCCUCCCUGAGACCACAACAGAGCACAAAGAUUAUGGGCAGGUCGUGCUUCUUACAAAUCAGUCUCUUCCACAUCAGCAUGGACUGACAAUUGACAAAAAUGGCAAGGCCUUUGUUGGAGUUGUUGCUGACUAUCCUGCCUCAGUUUUCAUCUUGUUGUCACCUAGUUUAUACCAGAAUGUCAGUGGCACGUAUUCUUUCAAGUCUGCACUGAGCAGCUCUCUCUAUCUAUGCCAUUCCCUCACUGGAUCUGGGCACGGGAAUGCCGAAUUGUCUGUCAAACAGAUUUCCACUGGCAGUGAAGUUACAGUCCAAGCCUCCUUUUGGGUGAAAGAAAGUCAGUGGUUUCCUGGAGUUGUUACUGUGGAGCCAGUCAUCCUUCCUGGUUUUUACCUCAUCCAUGUAGACACAGUUGUUUCUUUGGCAAAAGAUAAUGGAAGCCAAACCUUCAAAAAGAGUGCUAGCUGGGAAAUCGCUGCAGCAAAUAUCUCCACCACAGUUCCUCCCCCACCUCAUUGCCCACCGUCUUCCUUUCGCUGUCACAGUGGGGAAUGCAUCCAUGAGGAGAGAGUCUGUGAUUUUACAGUAGACUGUCACAGUGGGGACGACGAAGCUGGGUGCCCCGCCUGGUGUGAUUUUGAAGAGGACUCUUGUGGAUGGUUUGAGUUUGCUGCAGGAGAUGGCUUUGACUGGAUCAGAAGCUCUCACAUAUCUGUCCCUCCAGAUUUCCGAGACCAAUCACCCCCACAGGACCACACUACAAAUACAACUGAGGGGCAUUUUAUGUUUGUUCUGAAAAACAGCAGCAACUUUUCACAAAAGGCCCUUCUAAGGAGUCCAAAGUACAGUCAGUCUGCAUCAGGCUGUACCGUGUCAUUCUGGCAUUACAAUUAUGGGCUUGCUGUUGGAGCGGCUGACAUGUAUUUACGGAUUGAUGGAGUGGAGAACAUCACCGUUGUGUGGAGGACCCUAUACAACCAGGGAGACCAGUGGCUGAAGGUGGUCAUUCAGCUUGGUCGCCUGACACAGCCUUUCCAGUUCUCAUUAGCCAAGCUCAGCCUCGGCUUUUUCGAUGGUGUGUCCGCCUUGGAUGAUAUCUACUUUGAAAACUGCUCCCUUCCUCCACCCUCAGCCAAAUGCGCUGGCCCCAGUCAGUUCCACUGCAGAGAGACGCGGGGCUGUAUUGACCACCUCCUGCUCUGUGACCUUGUGGAUGAUUGUGGAGAUGGAUCGGAUGAAGAAAACUGUGCUGCUGAUCUGCAGUGCAACUUUGAACAAGGGCUCUGCAAUUGGUCUCAGGACACUGAUGAUAAGUUUGAUUGGACCAGAAUCCAGGGCCCCACCCCAACUUUGAACACUGGACCCUGGAAGGACCAUACCUUGGGCAACGUGAAUGGCCACUAUCUGUUCAUUGAGGCCUCCGCACCUCAGAAGUUUAAAGACACUGCAGUGCUUCUGAGUCACAAUUUCCAUCCCACAACACUGAAUGAAGACAAUCAGUGUAUUUUUCGCUUCAACUACCACAUGUUCGGCGAGCAUGUAUACAGACUUGCAGUGUUCAAGAGAACAUCCACCAAUACCAGAGGAGAACUUCUAUGGGAGAAAUAUGGAGAGCAAGGCAAUAUGUGGUUAAGAGAAAUUCUGUUUAUCACCAGUUCCCUGCCCUUUCAGAUAUUGGUGGAAGGCACUGUGGGAGAUGACUUUAAUGGAGACAUAGCGAUUGAUGACUUGUCCUUCAUGGGCUGCAUUCUCUAUUAUGGUGAUUUACCUUCAGCUGGCCCUACAAUACCCUCAGGAACCUUAUAUCCUACAACUGAGUAUCCACACAGCUGUCCAGAGGGCAAAUAUAUGUGCAGUGCAACUGGUGAUUGCAUUGACCUUGUGAAAAAAUGUGAUUUUAGAGAGGAUUGCUCUGAUAAAACUGAUGAACUAGCCUGUGUGCGUCCAAAGUGUGAUUUUGAAAAGGGAAAUAGGUGUGGCUGGUAUCAGAAUCUGAAAACAAAUUCAAAAUUCAAACAAGCAUUUUUGUGGCUUACUGGACAAGGUUUAACAAUAUAUCCUGGGGAAGCAAACCACAGACCAAAAACAGAUCAUACCUUAGGCACUCCAGAAGGCUGGUACAUGUAUGCAGACAGUUCAAAUGGACAGUUUGGCCACAUCGCUGACCUUGUGACCCCCGUCAUAUCUCAGACUGGGCCGCAGUGUACACUGGUGUUCUGGUACUACAUGAAAGGAGUCACAGUGGGGACCUUGCAGGUUCUCAGUAAAUUUGGCAAUGUGACACAUGUGCUCUGGUCUCAAACUGGAAAUCAGGGUGACCUUUGGAGGAAAGGAGAAGUAUUCCUGGGAAUUCGUUUGAAUUUUGAGAUUAUACUGAGAGCAAAACGUGGUGUCAGUUACAUCGGAGAUGUAUCGGUGGAUGACGUAUCCUUUGAAAACUGUGCCCCUCUGCUGAUUCCAGACCGGCCAUGUGACAGUAAUGAAUAUGCAUGUGCCAACAAAUAUUGUAUCCCAGAAGACAACUUGUGUGACUUUAACAAUGACUGUGGAGAUUCGACAGAUGAGAAUCCAUAUAUUUGCAAAACCUUCCAUGGCCGCUGUGAUUUUGAGUUUGACCUUUGCUCCUGGCGCCAGUGGCAAGGAGAUGACUUUGACUGGCUUCUGAAAACUGGAAGCACACCAAAUGUUGGCACAGGCCCCUCGAUAGACCACACACUGCGGGACCCUUCUGGUCACUACAUCCACAUCGAUAGCUCGUUCCCCCAUGCCCCUGGAGACGUAGCCCGGAUCUCAGGCCCGACUUUUAGCAGAAAGAGCAAAGACUGCAAGUUAAUCUUCUACCUGCACAUGUCUGGAGAUGGCACUGGCUCAUUGAACGUGUACCAGAUCACAGUGUCUGAAAAGUACCUGUUGCUGCUGAACUUAACUGGGGAUCAGGGACGCUACUGGCAAAGGAAAGAAAUCCCCCUCUCUUCAGCUGAAGACUUUGUGGUGAUGUUUGAGGGGAGGGUUGGGGAAGGCCUGAAAGCUGACAUUUCCCUGGAUGACAUCACCUUCACAUGGGAAUGCCUUCUGGCUUCAUCUGUGGGACCGACUGAGCCUACAUCUCUUCCUCCAACUGGCUCCUGCCCACAAGGCUACUUGGAAUGCAAAAAUGGGAAGUGUUACCAACCAGUGCGGAGCUGUGACUUUGUGAAUGACUGUGAAGACAAUACAGAUGAGGAGGGAUGUGGAACGUCCUGCAGUUUUGAGAGUGGCCGCUGUGGGUGGAAAAACUCACUGGCUGAUAACUUUGACUGGAUUCUGGGAAUGGGCUCAUCCCAGAGCUUCAGGCCACCUAACGAUCAUACACUGGGAAAUGAAAAUGGUCACUUUAUCUAUCUUGAAGCCACUCCUGAAGGGUUAAAAGGUGACAAGGCCCACAUGAAAAGCUCUGUGUGGAAAGAAUCCAGUGCGACAUGCAAACUGACCUUCUGGUAUUACAUGUCCACAAAAGCUACUGGCAUUAUCAGUCUCCUUGUAAAGACAGAUAAGGGUCUCACUGAAGUGUGGAACAAGACUGUGAACCAGGGAGAAAAAUGGAACAAAGCUGUGGUGCCCCUGAGGAAGAUGAGGAAUUUUGAACUUAUCUUCCUGGGAAUUCGAUCCAGAGAUCUCAGUGGGGGAGCUGCUAUCGAUGACUUGGAAUUUAUCAACUGCGCACCAAAUGCAGAGCUGCCAGGGUCAUGUCCAGAAGUCACAGACUUCAUGUGUCAGAAUGGCAAGUGUGUUGAGUCCCAUGUUGUGUGUGACUACAAACCAGACUGUGAAGAUGAAUCAGAUGAAUUAGACUGUGGUCAUAUUCUGGGUUCCCCUGGUGCCUGCAAUUUCAAUAUGCCAAGCACAGAGUCCUGGGAGGCAGUGUGUCAUUUAACUCAGAAUGGCAAUGAUGAUUUUGAUUGGAAGAUAGGCAGCAGGACAGAGACAGAAGGAACAGGACCAACUGCUGACCACAGCCCAGAGGGAGAUGGAAAAUUCUUGUAUGUGAACUCCGCCAUUCAAAAAGAAGGGGACAUUGCCAUAAUUACAACAAGUACACCCUAUCCAGCAAGCAUUGGGGUCUGUCAUCUGCGCUUUUGGUAUUACAUGUAUGGAUCACAAAACAUGGGAACACUGAAGGUUUAUACUGUUGGAUCCAAUGGGAUAAGUCUGUUAAUGUGGUCUGUGAUUGGAAACCAAGGGAACAAAUGGAAUUAUGCCAAUGUGAUACUAUCCAACAACCAACCUUUUCAAGUGGCCUUUGAAGCAGAGAUUGGUGGAGAUAGCCUAACUGAUAUUGCACUGGACGAUAUUUCCUUCACCCCGGAAUGUACAGUUGGAGGGCCGAUCAUCCCUCAGCCCCCCACAUGCAGAUCAGGCUCCUUCGAGUGCCUCCAUGUGCACGAGUGCAUUCCUGAGAGCUGGCUCUGCGAUGGGGAGCCCGACUGCAAGGACAUGUCCGAUGAGGAGGUCUGUCCAUCAGGAGUGCCUGGCACCGUGCCACCCCAGGAACUGUGUGGAGACCGCCAGUACCAGUGCAGCGAUCAGCAGUGCAUCCCAUCUCUGCUUCGCUGUGACGGUGUCCCCGACUGCCCUUGGGGGGAAGACGAGUUCAGCUGCCCCGUGAAGCUGUGUCUGAAUGGCUCUCUGCUCUGUGAAGACACGGGGAGCUGCCUGCCUUCAACCCUGCGCUGUGACGGCUCCAUCAACUGUGUUCUCUUCCAGCCUGACGAAUCCAGCUGCAAUGAAUGCCCAAUUAAUUACUGUAUCAAUGAAGGAACGUGUUAUGUUGGCAAGGAAGGCCCCUUUUGCAAAUGUAUAUCAGGAUGGAGGGGAAACCGCUGUCACCUUAAAGAAAAACCCAAACCUCUCCCCACCUCUACCGUUUACAAUGAAAAUGAAACUGUGGGCAUUUUUGCAGGUCUGGGAGCUGGAUUAUUUGUGAUUCUCUUAGGAAUUGUAAGCAUAAUACUGAUUGUGCAGAGAAGAAAACAUGCUCUUGGGAAAUCCACCACAAUGGAUUUGGGCACUGUGCACAAUCCUGUCUUUGCGCAUUUUGAUUGCAAGGCAGAGUCCCCCUUAAGUGAUGAAAUCCCUGGUGUUCAUAUUAGUGUUUAUCCAUGGCUGAAACUACAGGAGGACGUCUACACUGGGAAAAGAGACACAGAUUACUCAUUUCACAAUCCUUUGUAUGAAGGUGCUGCGGGAGAUGCAGAGCCAAAUGACACAUCAUCCCAAGCUUAGAACUACCUAUUCAGAAAAAUCACAGCAUAUACUGUACAGUAUAUAUGGUUGCUAAAUUACUGUCACGUUACUUGUUUGUGUGUAGUUCUAAAGUGAAAUGCCACAAAAUAUUUUCGUUUGUACUGUAAUACAAAAACAAUAUGACCAGGAUAAAUGUGCUUUUAGCAAAUUGUCAGUACAUAAUUGUCUUAUGAAGAAAGCACACAAUUAUGAAAAUUAAUCCAGACUGAAACUGUUUCAGCUGUCUGCUUCUUUAAGUAAAGUAUUCUAUUAGUCAUUGAGCCUUAAAUUAAGUUUUAUUUUUGACUCCUUAAAAAUAAUUAAUCCAGUUCCAGUGAAGUCCCAUUUUGUUGAAUUGUGAUGCAUAUACUGUACUUUUAAAUGUUAUAUUUAAUGAAUACUUGAAUUCUUAAACUAAAGACAUUUAUUGAUGAAACAUAUUAAAAGCCAUCAAAAACUGCAAAUAAAAAUCAAAAACCAAAAUACGUUUAUUAUGACCCCCUUUAAUCUAACAGCUGUUGUUUUGAGGAGUUUGGUAGGUUGAGACAUCUGAAGAACCAUAUAAGGUUUUGGUUAAAGGUUUAUGUAAAAAGAUUGGUGCAGGCAUUUUCACACCAGUUAAAUUUGGGCAUUUUCAUAUGCUUGGAACAGAGCACUCUGCUGCAGCCGUCACUAGUUAGGUCUCUUUAAGUUGAAGACAUAUCACAGUGUUAUCCAGUUAACAUCAGUCUCUUGGUUAAAGCCCUUGGUUAAUUUAUAGUGAAAAUGAGUUUAUCUGUAGCUGAGGACAGAUGGGAUAAGUUUUCACACAGGAGGUCGCCAUGGUGCUCAUGCCAGUCACUAGCAGGGAGUUUAUUACACCCCCUUUGCUAUGACAAAUCUUAAUCAGUUCAGGUGCACAGAAAUUAUUUUGACAAGUCACACAAUUAGUUGAAUUGCCUGGCUGUGAUUAAUAAUAAUGGUUCAUAUGAUUUUCACAAUAAAAACACUUUGUAAGGUCCAUGAAUAAGGUAGUGAAUUUCAAGCAAAGAUUGAGCCAUGAAGAGAAGCUUUCAAAAAGCAGAAAGGCACAGAUCAUUUGAAGGGUAUAAAAUUAAAAUAUGCUGAAUAUCCCUUUGAACAUAAUGAAGUCGAUAAAUAGUGGAAGGUGUAUCGUACCGCCCAGAAAUUGGUGUUAGGAGAAGGAUAGUGCAGAUGGGCAGGGAAAGGUGUCUGAGUAGUGAAAUUGAGCGCUGGAAGACUUGUGAAAAGGCAUUAAUGAUUUUCUUUACUUUAGAUAGUUUCAUGGUUUCAUUUUUGAAUCAGCUACAGUACAUGGCCUGCUGAGUUAGAAACACUACUGUACAUGUUGGAUUCCUUCAUGCAGGUGGAA